CGCACUUGUGCGUCCCGAAAUAAACAUAAGUGACAUAACCUUAAAACAUUCAUAAAAACUUAAAAAAAAGUUUAAUCCCCUUCUGAUAACAAAAUAAUUGCAUUUUAAACAUAUAGUUAUAAAAAUUAUUGAUAGUAAUGAAAAAAUUGGGCAUUGUAUGUCCACCUCGGGCACCAAGGUCACCUCUACACCCCACCACGAGUUUUCUCGACCCGAUAAGCCCUCUCUAUCACUCUCGCUCCCGUGCAAUAGCCCAUCUCCUCUCCUUGUCAUUUUCUGCGUAACAUCAUUUCAAACUAUGCAUUUCGAUCGCUGAUUUAUUUUCGAAAAAAGUUGACUGAAAAUCGUCGGUAAAUAGCUUUUCGUGUCCGGUGGUCGUAAAAGUGUCCAAAUGUCGCGUGAAAAGACAUCGUCGAAAAGGUUUUACCGUUCCGAGUCCUACUUCAACCUCAUGGCUUGCAUGGACCGGGGCACCCAAGCCGAGGAGGAGAACCGCUGGAAUUUUGAAAUAGCUUGGGAGGCGGCGAACAAAGUCGGAGGCAUUUACACAGUCAUACGGUCCAAAUCGUACGUCUCGACUGAGGAGUUGGGGGACCAGUACUGCCUCAUCGGACCCUACAAGGAGUUCUAUGCGAGGACCGAAGUGGAAGAAGGGCCUUUGGGGGCGGAGCCGCUCAACGAGGCCGUGCAAGCCCUCCGCGAUCGCGGUUUUAAAAUCCACACCGGCCGUUGGCUCGUCGAUGGCAACCCCCAAGUCAUCCUCAUGGACAUCAGCUCAGCCGCAUGGAAACUCGACGAAUACAAGACCGAAUUGUGGGAAAAAUGCAACGUGGGAGUCCCCCAUCUCGACAUCGAAACCAACGAUGCCAUUAUCCUCGGUUACAUGGUUGCCGAUUUCAUAGCCACCUUUAAAACGUACGCUGAUGAGUAUGGUGGCGGUGUUCCUGCACGAAUUGUCACGCAUUUCCACGAAUGGCAAGCCGGAGUCGGGUUAAUUAUCCUAAGAACAAGACUAGUUAAAGUAGCCACAGUGUUUACCACACAUGCGACGUUGCUAGGACGGUAUCUAUGUGCCGGUAAUACAGACUUCUAUAACAAUUUAGACAAGUUUAGUGUGGAUGAGGAGGCGGGGAAAAGACAGAUUUAUCACAGGUAUUGCAUUGAGAGAGCUGCCACACACCUAGCACACGUCUUUACCACGGUGUCGGACAUUACAGGUUUCGAGGCGGAGCACCUCCUUAAACGCAAACCUGACGUGAUCACCCCCAACGGUCUCAACGUGAAGAAAUUCUCCGCUUUGCACGAAUUCCAAAACCUGCACGCCAUCUCCAAGGAGAAAAUCCACGAGUUCAUCCGAGGGCAUUUCUACGGCCACUAUGACUUCGAUCUCGAUAAAACUCUCUAUUUUUUCAUCGCUGGUCGUUACGAAUUUUCUAAUAAAGGUGCCGACAUCUUCAUCGAGGCUUUGGCACGUCUUAAUCACUACCUCAAGUCCACACACCCGGACAUCACCGUCGUGGCUUUCCUUAUUUUUCCAGCACGGACUAACAACUUCAAUGUAGAGUCGCUCCGUGGACAUGCUGUCACUAAGAGUCUCCGAGACACCAUCAGCGAGAUCCAGAACCGAAUCGGGAAACGCAUGUACGAGAUUUGUCUCAGUGGACACCUCCCUGGUGAUGAUUUGCUCAAAAAAGAGGAGUUGGUACGCCUGAAGCGGUGUAUUUUUUCGCUUCAAAGAGAUGGUUUACCGCCGGUGACAACGCAUAAUAUUGUUGAUGAUUGGAAUGACCCGGUUUUGAAUAGUGUGCGACGUUGCAAUUUAUUCAAUACAAAACAUGACAGGGUUAAGAUUGUCUUCCACCCUGAGUUUCUCUCCUCGACUAACCCACUUUUCGGGUUGGAUUACGAGGAGUUUGUCCGAGGGUGCCACUUGGGGGUUUUCCCGAGUUAUUACGAGCCAUGGGGGUACACGCCAGCCGAGUGUACCGUCAUGGGAAUCCCCAGUAUCACGACGAAUUUGUCCGGGUUUGGGUGUUUCAUGCAGGAGCAUAUUGCCGAUCCGAUGUCGUACGGAAUCUACGUCGUGGAUCGUCGGUAUAUCUCGUUGGAAGGUACCGUCCAGCAAUUGGCUCAAUAUAUGUACGAUUUUGCACGAUUGAAUCGACGUCAGAGGAUAAUUCAACGGAAUAGGACGGAGCGGCUCAGCGAUAUGCUUGAUUGGAGGAGUCUGGGAGUGUACUACAGGCAAGCGCGUAUGAAGGCCCUCCACAACGUGUUCCCGGAUUAUAAAGAGGAAAUGGAGAAUGGUGUUGGAACUUUGAAAUAUCCGAGGCCUUUUUCGGAGCCCCCGUCGCCGAGUUCGAGUCAUGUGACUACCCCAGCGGCGUCCCUUCAUGGCAGUGAUGAUGAAAGCGAUUCGGUUGAUGAAGAAAGAGAGUUGGAGGAGUUGAAAAUUAAUCAUCAUUGAUUGAGGGAGAGAAGAUGAUAAGACUUUGCGAAAAUACUCUCUAAAUUUUUAAAACAGAUUAGCACUAUUGGUAUUUUUUUAGUUUUUUUUUAAUCUCAUUGUUAAGAGAUUACGGCAAAAUAAUAGACGAUUAUUGAAA